GAUUCGAAGAAUUAAUCAAUGCCCUGAAAAGGCCAGGCCCUCUUUUUUCUCUCUCCAUAUUCAGAUGCAAUCUUUUUCCAGAAAAUUGCAAUGUUUACGAAUAAGAAGGUAGGACCUGAAGUCACCCGGUGUUCAGACCAGAGCCUGAAGAAGCUGCAUAUUAUCCGGCGUACAUGAGGCAGAUAUCAGAGGGACUAUGGACGACUGGUCUUUGCGAUUGUUGGGAGGAUCCUUCUAAUUGUUUCGUGACCAUGUUCUGCCCAUGCAUCACUCUGGGUCGAAAUUCAGAGAUUAUUAACAGAGGAGAAAUGUUAUGUAGGAAGGCAACCCACCUACACAUUGCAACAGGCGUCUUGCUCUUUGGAUGGAUAUUUGGGUGGUCAAACCGUAAAACAUUGAGGCAACACUUCUCUUUACCUGAGACACCCUUUCCAGAUUGCUGCAGUCACGUCUUCUGCAUGUGGUGUGCUCUUUGUCAAGAGCACCGAGAACUCCAAAAUCGUGGAGCGGAUCCUUUCUUAGGUUGGGAGAGGAAUGUGGAGAAAUGGAGAAAGGAUGGACUGACUCCCCCAAUUGUGGUACCACAAAUGGUACGCUAGUGUUGUGUAAUUAUGUAAAGCUUGGACUGUCUUCUUACCACCAACUGUUAACCAAAUGAUACAUGGUGCUUUUGUACCUUUUGAGUUCGUUAAUUCUAAUGGCCGUAAUCCCAUUGAAUUCAU